AUGUCCGAAGCAUUCCGCAAAGACUUCCACACCAAGGCCGGCGAGAAAAUGACUCCCGACUCCUCCAAAUCCUCCUUCCAGAAGGCCAAAGAGGGCGUCACCGGCGGCGCAGACAAGAUCGCCCGCGGCGCGCAGCCUGACCACAGCAAGUCAACCACACAAGAGGUGUCGGACAAGUUUGGGCGCAGCAAGGACGAGACUGUCCACGGCGGAUCCAAGGAGGGCUUCAUGGACAAGACGAAGCAUGCGUUGGGGAUGGACAAGACGACGAGACAUGACCACGUCUAA